AUGCUCGACCGCUGUUUUAAGACCGUUCUUCCAGUCUUCCAGAAGCUUCUGGAAUGCGUCGACAUGGACGCAGCCGAGGGCGCAAAAUCCAACACAGCAUUAACCGCACCGAACUCUUGGGGCGCCAUGGCAUCCUUAUCCUCAUCACCAGUGAUCUUUACCUUCUCAAUACAUCCCAUUGGUGACCGUUACCCGACAAGCUUUUACAAUGCUGCCCGUUUCUGCUCAUCCCGGCCCAUGACGAUCACCAUCGCGCCUAUCGCGAUGGCAAACUCCACACCUGCGCUGCGGUAG